UUGCUGAUGAGAGUAGUGAGGAGUUCUACGAGCCAGUGGGUCGACAGUCCAGUCCCAGUGACCCCCGGUCCUCGACCAUUAACAGCGCAUUAUCCUGGGGGUCAGAUUUCAGCAGGGAGAGCUCUGAGGAGGAAGAAAAUGGGACAUUGGAGUACCCCGAUAAACCACUUCCCCCACUUCCUGACCCCUCCAAGUUACGACGAGCUUCACCCGAGGAGGAGUGUCCAGUCAAACCUGUCAACAUAAACCUAGAGAAACACCCACCGCCUUGUCUCCCACCCUCCCCAGAGGGACUGACAAAGGAACAGGAGAAGAAAGCUCACGUGGUGAGGAACAUUAUAGACAGUGAGAAAUCCUACAUGGAUUCACUCAGUAGAAUUGUCAAUGACUACAAGAGUGAUAUCCUGUUCAAAUAUAACCUGGACAAAGAGUGUGUUCGAGUGGUUUUCUCAAAAGCCCAGGAAAUUCUCCAUCACCAUAUGAUGUUCCAGAUAGAGUUGGCAGAAAGUGUAUCUAAAUGGUACACGGAGGAGAAAAUUGGGGGAAUAUUCACAGCUUCAUUUUCUAGAGACAUGGUUGUGAAUGUGUACAGUGAAUAUGUGAAUAACUUUGCUAUGACUAUGGAGGAAAUUAAGGCAGCUCAAGUAUCUAAGCCAGGCUUAGAAGAAUUCCUUAAUAACAUGUCAAAGAGAAGUGUGGACCGCUUAAACCUGUUUGGUCUGAUGGUAAAACCAAUCCAAAGGUUUCCUCAGUUCAUCAUGCUCAUUAAGGAUUUGUUGAAGUAUACCCCACACCACCAUCAUGACCGGUCCUCUCUCCAGACAGCUCUGACAGAUCUGGAGAAUGUCACACACAUCCUUAAUGAGCGGAAGCGGGAGUCUGAGGAACUCUUCCAGGCCAAAAAACUACAAAAGGUCCUUAACUUUAAGGUUCCUGGAGAGAAACAGCCGCGUCUUGUCAGACAAGAUGACAUGGAGGAAAUGAGCCAAGACAGAAGUGUUGCCACUAAGGUCAGGAAGCUCUACCUACUGGAUGACUGCAUUAUCUGCUGCUCUGUUCAGGGGAAUAAUCAGAAAGUGAAGUGGAUGAAACCUAUACAUGAAUUGGAAUUAAAGGAUACUGCUAUCACUCCUGACAUGCAAAGUAUUUUGAGAGUCAACUCCAACAAAUUCAGUAUUCAGACACCUGUUGUAGAGUGUAAAGAGGAUGACCUUUUUAACCUUCACAGUGACAUCAGUGAUAUGAUGCAUGAUGUGACCGUCCUUGGACAAAUCAGCACAUUGGUCAACUCUCUCAAACUCUCCUACGAGUGUAUAACAGAGGAGAAAAUUCAAGAAGCCAAGGCAGAUCUACAGUUAAAAAUCCAGGCCAAAGACCAACAACUCCAAGUCCUCAAUAGUUCCACUAUCACCCUACAGGACGCCAAGUAUGGAGGGAAAGAGUAUAGGAGUAUUUUCCAAACCACUUCACCAGAAAUAAAACAGGAAUGGAGCAUUGACUUUAUCAUGACAAAACUUACUAAAGACCCACUGAACAAUCCCAGCUGGUUCAUGUCAGGUGUAUCUGGGAAACCAAAAUCUAUUCACCAACCAGCCAUGUAUGUCAAGCACAUGUCUGUAGACCUGCCCAAACACUUCACCAAGGUAAAGUGUGCUGUCCCUGUAUACCUGUCUGAUGGGGGAGGUAACUCUGACAACAGUUUGCAGCACCUUUGGGUUGUCACAACGUCAGAAACUCGGGCGCAGGUCUCCCUGGUGUCGGUCCAGACCACUAGACUCGCUCUUAUUGAGUCCUUCAAGGCAGCAGACACUGAGAUCGUUACCGUGGAAACAGUCCCAGCCAUCUCACUGACAGAACAAGAUGAACCCUUUGUAGAGGACACAAUUUGGAUGUCCACUGAAAAAUGCGAGAUACUGGUAUACAGUCUGUUGGAUGAGAAUGGAGUGAGAAAUUUUACCACUGGUGGACGAAAACCUCGCAGUAAAUUCUACUGUCAUGGCAUUGCCGUGGCAAUGAAAUACGCAGAUGACAGAGUGUUUGUUGGACUCAGGGACGGAAAACUAAUUAUUUAUGACAGAGACGAUACAACUGGGAAGUGGAAAGUGGAAGCCCCCAGUAUAGUAGAGAUAGGAUGUGACAUGCCCAUCUCCUGUAUCAUAGCUAUAGAGGAUGAAAUAUGGGUGGCAUGUAGCGACACAAUUUACAUCAUUCCGGUGGACGAAAAUCAGUUCAAGAACAGAAAACAAUUUUUACAAUGGGACCAGCUGGUAUGUGAUGGGGGCGCUGUGAUAUCAGAAAUGGUCAGGUCAGGUUGUGGCCUGUGGAUGUCCUUCAAGGACAAAUCUUACGUCCGACUUUACCACAUCGAGGCCAAGGAGAACCUUCAGGAAAUUAACAUUGGGUCCACUGUGGACAGAAUGAUGUCAGAGAGCAAAUAUAGUUCUGAGGAGAAAAUUCCCAAGACUACAACUGUGACCAGUUUGAUGGCUAGCCGGGGGUUACUGUGGGUGGGGACAAGCCUCGGUAUUGUAUGUUCCCUCCCCUUACCACGGCUACGUGAUGGGGUACCUCUGAUCAAAGGCCGACCAGAUAUAUCACUUCAUUCUCACAAUGGACCAGUGCAGUUCCUUAUUCCCAUUUACUGCGGGACUGUAAACCUGUGGCAGAGAGCCCAGGGUCUACAGUCCACAGAAUCUCUGGCGUGGAGAGAGAACGCCACGAGUGUGAGGAGACGCAAAGGAAGCAGGGAUUCUGUUGAUGAAGACAUUCCAAAACAAGACAAAGAAGAUGAACAAGAGAUACCUGAGGGCAAAGCAAAUGGACCCCAGGUCACCAAAAUUGAAAAUAAUUUUGACAUUGGAAGCAAUGGUCUCGAUAGGCGAAAAUCAAAGUCAGCUGAAGACUUAGUUUCAAGAUCCCCUGUGGCAGAUUUUUUAAAAUCGGAAAACAUUCAGAGCAGAGCUUUGACACUAAGAACGGAAUUAAUGCAGAAGUUGGCCAAAAGAAACCUUGCUACCCCAGAUACCAGCUCUCAGGGGGAUGAAAACGAAAUUAGAAUGUACUAUGGCGAUUUAAUGUCAAAUGAGGAUUAUAGAAAAGAACAAGCACCAUUAAAACGUGACAUUUCACCACAAGGAAAUCCCAAACUACGUAAAGAUGAAAAAUCAGAGACCGGUAAACCAGUAAAUCUAAAGAAAAGAGUCUCAGAAAACUUUAAAAACUUCAAAAGAAGUAUUACUCAGAGGCCGUCUUUUCGAGCUCACGGUAGCGAGCAUGCGAGUGCGGUGUACGAGACGCUGAGGAGGAGGAACUGUAACGCGGUGGUGGUGGUGAGCGGUGGCGACGGCUACAUAGAUUGGAGGACCGCCACCCAGACACACAAAAUACACAGCACCGAGGCUUCCAUGAUGCUGUGGAUUUACAAGUUCUGAGAAAUCGACCAUUGUGUACUAGUCUACUGGAGCCAGAUUUUCAUUUUCAGCGCUGAAUGAUAUAUUUUGUUUCACUUCAAGUAUUUAAUGGGAGAUUAAUGGAGAAACCAGUGGAGUCUAUUUAUGAAAUUUACAAGUUUAUGAUAUAUUUUGUUUCACUUCAAGUAUUUAAUGGGAGAUUAAUGGAGAAACCAGUGGAGCCUAUUUAUGAAAUUUACAAGUUUUAUGUUUGACAUUCUGAACAAUUAAUUUUAAUUAAUGAGUUUACAUCCAGUAGUUUCUAGAGGAUCACAUUGUGGUAGUCAGUGUUCACCAGAUUUGUUCAUGAGUGAAGUCUUACUUGACGAUUGUAUUGUGGAAAGCUCUGCUUGAGCCAAAGGCUCAAAGAGCUCAAAGAGCUAAUGCUGUUGCCAUUUGUGCAGUGUGCAUAAACCUUUUAGAAUAUGGGCCAUAACUCUAGAACCCCUUGGCCAUUGAUUGUCACAGGGUAUCCUUGGCCCAAAUAGGUCACAGUGAAUGGAUUCAAGGCCCUCGGGCCUCUUGUUUAUGGGACAUCUUGAACUGUGUGAAUGUGCAGUUAAUACUAUCAUUAUUUUUUCAAAAUUACUUUUCUCUUUAUUAUACCCCCCGCAAACGAAGUUUGGGGGGGGGUAUAUAGGAAUCACCUUGUCCGUCUGUCUGUGCAAUCGUGUCUGGUCCAUAUAUUUCUUACAGAGGGACAUUAGAAUCUACUACUCCACACAAAGAUUGCCCAUGACCCAAGGGUGUGUCAUGACCUUGACCCAAGGUCAUUUUGGGAACUUCAAGGUCACUGGAAGAAAAAUUUCAUAAUUCGUGUCCGGUCCAUAUCUUUCUUGUGAAUAAACUUGGUAGGUUCUCAUUUAACACAAAGAUUGACCAUGACCCAAGGGUGUGUCAUGACCUUAACCCAAGGUCAUUUGGGGAACUUGAAGGUCAAUGGAAGAAAAAUUUCAUAAUUCAUGUUCGGUCCAUAUCUUUCUUAUGGAUAAACUUGGUAGGUUCUCAUUUCACACAAAGAUUGCCCAUGACCCAAGGGUGCGUCAUGACCUUGACCCAAGGUCAUUUGGGGAAGUUCAAGGUCAUUGGAAGAAAAAUUUCAUAAUUCGUGUCUGAUCCAUAUCUUUCUUAUGGAUAAACUUGGUAGGUUGUCGUUUCACAAAACGAUUGCCCAUGACCUAAGGUAGUGUCAUGACCUUGAUCCAAGGUCAUUUGGGGAAGUUCAAGGUCACUGGAAGAAAAAAUUUCCUAAUUCGUUUCCGGUCCAUCUCUUUCUUAAGGAUAAACUUGGUAGGUUCUCAUUUCACACAAAGAUUACCCAUGACUGAAGGGUAUGUCAUGACCUUGACCCAAGGUCAUUGGGGAAGAAAAAAUUCAUAAUUUGUGUCCGGUCGAUUUCUUUCUUAUGGAUAAACUUGGUAGGUUGUCAUUUCACACAAAGAUUGCCCAUGACCCAAGGGUGUGUCAUGACCUUGACCCAAGGUCAUUUGGGGAAGUUCAAGGUCACUGGAAGAAAAAUUUCAUAAUUCAUGUUUGAUACAUAUCUUUAUUAUGGAAAAACUUACUUCUGAAAAAACCCAGCGGGGGGUAUUUUGUCACGUUUGGACAGUUCUAGUUUUGAUUAUGAGGCCUUGAUUUUCACAGAAUUUUGGAAGUUUUAAUUAUCUUAAAGAACCUUGGAGUAUAUUCUUUUUCUUGUACUCUUAGAAUAUUUAUGAAAUCCAUGUAUUUUUUACUAUUUCCUCUUUGUAAACGUAGAUGUGAAGAAAUUUCUAAUGGUCAGCAGUUUUCUUUGUCAUGACUGUUGAACCAAAUGAGAUGAAAACUUAAUAUAAAAGGUGAAGGUCAUUGGAAUCAGGUCAAGAUAAUGGUUAUACAAAGGUUAGAAAAAAGAAUGAAACAGAAUUGGCUACAAAAAGAAUUUUCCACCUGGAUUUUUGUAAACAACAUGUUGACUUUUUAAAAAUUUUAUUUUAAAGUUUUACAUCACUGAACUAUGCACCUGGAAAACACCAGCAAAAUAUUUGGUAUUCUUUAUACAUGUUUAAUUAUGCAAUUUUUAAAUCUAUCUUAUCUCAAACAUGUAAGUCAACCAAUUCAUUUACUAAUUGACCUGAAAAACAUGAGUGUAUUGAAUUAUUAUUUGAUGAAUGAAUACAUGUAAUUAUUAAAUACUUUGCUUUUUUAUUUGUUAAUUUAGAUUUUUACACCAGUAUUGUUUUUUUUCUAAACAUUUUUAUGAUUAUUUGCCAUAGGCAGAUUCGUUAUUGUUCUUGUACAUAUAUACCUCAUUACCUGUGUAUCCAACUAGAUAAAAAUCCACUUUUUAAAAAAAGUAAUUUGAUUUGCAGUAGUACUAUUCUUUAAGGUUUCUUGUAAUUCAAAAAUUCAUCCACUCAUGAACUCCAACCUAUGAGGAAGAAGAGAUUUUCAAAAUUAUUUAUCCUACCCAACACCAUGGUCUCAAGCCACAGUUUGGAGUCAGCAUAUAGCUCUCUCCUACCCGUGGCUGCUUGAAUCACAGGAAUUAUCAUAAUCUUGGAUGUUUAAGCCUCUUUGCUGUGAUGUCAUGUUCAGCCAAUGACAAUAUUUGUUUCCAUCGCAAUUGACAUCAUCAGUAAACAAAAAAUUGGGUAUUGAAAUGUCACAUCAAUGUUCAUUUUUCAACUUUGCUUUACUCACAUUGGCCAAAAUUUUAAUGAGGUAUGGAAAAUUCUCUUUUCAUUCAGCCAUAACAAGAAUGGGAGAGGAUGGUACAUUUUUGCCAUGGUUUGUGACAAUUACCCAACUCAGAUAAAGGGUAAGAAAACUUAGAUGAUUUUUUGCUGAUUUUUUUAGUUAAUUUAUACUUGAUAAAAUAAAUCAAUUAUUUGAUUGAAAUGUAAAUACAUAUUUAUGAAAAUUUCAUGAGAUAUAAAGAUGGACUUUUCAAACAAGCAUUUUUUUUUCAAGAAACACUAACAUUAUUCAUAUUUUUAGAGCCAUACAUACCUCAUAUUCUGAUAAGCUCAAAAUUAUAAAAAUUGUAUAUGAGAAUGCAGAAUUAAGACAUAGGUGCCUUUAUCAUGAAAAAAAUUGUUUUUUUUUAAUAAAUUUUAAUGCAUCAUAUGUAGACUAUUAUAUACAGUUAAAGCUUGGAUUCAAAGUUGUUCCAGAAUUUAUAUACUAGUAUAUAAAUAUAUAUAUAGAGAGAGAGUGAGAGAGCGAGAGAUAAUUUGUGUGCAAUAUUCAUUGUAAAUAUUUACAACAGGGUGUUCAUAUCUCUGGUGCAGAAAAAAAUGUGAUAAUUUUAUGCUAACAUUUUGUACUAAACACCACAUUCCUUAGAUAUACUUAAGCUAGAUGAUGAAAUGUUGAAAGAUAGAAUUUCUUUUGUCUUCUUGAAAUUGACAAACCAAGAAGUAUUGGGAAUGCUUGUUAACAAUAUUUACCUUAAAAAAAUGUUUCCUAAAAAUUUUUAUAGACUUUUUAUGUCACUUGAAACAAACAAAAUACAUAUUUAACACUGUUAUCAUGUAAAUUGGAUGAAUUUUUUUUAUGUGAUAUGUUUUGUAUACAUUUGUUUGAUUACAAAAUGAGAAUAAAUUUUUAAAAUGACAAUUUUGUACAUUGUGUGCUGUUUACACCAUUCAC